GGAAUAAUAGGAACAGGAAGUACCCAAGGAAACAUCUAAAGUUAUCAUUCGUUUGACAACGAUUGUCACGUUCGUUCUAGAAGGAAAGCUGGUUCCCACAUGGCAGAGGUCUAUUAUGUUGGCGUAGAUGUGGGCACAGCCAGCGUGAGAGCUGCGCUGGUGACAAGGGACGGGCUGCUGAGGGCCACUGCAGCAGAGCCCAUCAGCAUCUGGGAGCCUGAGUCGGACCACUAUGUCCAGUCCUCCACUGAAAUCUGGACGAAAUGCUGCACAGUUGUCAAGAAAGUCAUCCAGAAUGUCAAGAAAAGCCAGGUUUGUGGCAUUGGAUUUGAUGCCACCUGCUCGCUCGUGGUUUUGGAUCAAAACUUCCAGCCUGUGCCAGUUACUCAGGAAGGCCACAGUCAGAGGAAUGUGGUGAUGUGGAUGGACCAUCGUGCUGUAGAGCAGGCCUCCUCUAUAACCAACACGGGCCACAAAGUCCUGAGCAGAGUUGGAGGGGUCAUGUCACCGGAGAUGCAGCCCCCGAAACUGCUGUGGCUUAAAGAGAACCUCAGAGAAAGUUGCUGGGACAAAGCUGCUCACUUUUUUGACCUGCCUGACUUUUUGUCUUGGAAAGCAACAGGUUCUUUGACCAGGUCAUUAUGUACUGUGGUCUGUAAAUGGAUGUACUGCCCUCCAGAUGGAUGGGAUGAGAGCUUCUGGACCAGCAUUGGAUUGGAGGAUCUGCUGGAAAAUAACUUCUCCAAAAUAGGCAGUAAGACGUCUGCUCCAGGAAGCCCACUGGGUGAUGGUCUGACCCAAGAGGCAGCAGCAGAGUUGGGUCUGAAUCCGGGAACUGCAGUCGGAUCUUCUCUCAUCGACGCUCAUGCUGGAGGCCUAGGUAUCACGCACUGGGACGGA